AGCAGGAAGUUAAGACCGUUUUAAAAUCAUAAUGUGUGAAAUCAGGUUGUCUCUAAUAAAUAUCUGGUUUCAACUAUAUCUGAAACUGCUGCCACUGCUGCACAAAUAUCCUAAAUUCAAUUUGACAUGUUAUGAAUGUUUGUUUUACGCAGGACUGAAAUGGAGAAACUUUACCUGGAAGAGAAGACAUCACUGGAAGAGAACCAAACCUGCACAAACCCAGGCGGACAUGAAGAUAAAGCCUCAGUUGGUCUCAGCAAUGGACAGCAGGUUCAGCCCACCCAGAGGCUGGAGAAAAAACACCGUUGUGACAAGUGUCUGAAACAUUUCAGAUUGAAGACGUAUCUGAAAAUUCACCAACGCAUUCACACUGGAGAGAAGCGCUAUCUCUGUGACCAGUGUGGAAACACUUUCAUUCAGAAGGGUAAUUUUAACAAACAUCAGCGAAUCCACACUGGUGAAAAGCCUUACAGCUGCAGUCAGUGUGAGAAGACAUUCAGAGAUCUGUCAGCACUGAAGAAACAUCAGCACAUCCACACUGGUGAAAAGCCUUACAGCUGCGAUCAGUGUGAGAAGAGAUUCAGACAUCUGUCAGCACUGAAGGAACAUCAGCGAAUCCACACUGGUGAAAAGCCUUACAGCUGCAGUCAGUGUGAGAAGACAUUCAGACAUCAGUCAGCACUGAAGAGACAUCAGCGAAUCCACACUGAUGAAAAGCCUUACAGCUGCAGUCAGUGUGAGAAGACAUUCAGAGAUCUGUCAGCACUGAAGAAACAUCAGCGGAUCCACACUGAUGAAAAGCCUUAUAGCUGCAGUCAGUGUGAGAAGAGAUACAAAAGUUCCCACAAUCUGAAGCGUCAUCAGCGAAUCCACACUGGAGAAAAAGACUGAUCCACAUAAGACAGCAGCAACAUCUGGAAUGUGAGGGAACUUAUUUCUCUCCUCCUGGC